GGUAGGGAUAGAAAUGUCUCGGAUCUGUCUCUUCCAUGAACACCCACAUUUCUCCAUAGUUCUCUUCGCCGCCCCACCCACCUCUACCACCUUCUUCGUCACCUCCUUCACCAAUUCUCACGCACCGUCCAUCAAUUCCCUCACCAUCUUCUCCAACCCUUCCCACUUAACAAACCCUAGCUCUCACCGUCCAUCACAUGUCUCCACCCUAACACCCACCUUAAUUUAUCUCCUCCACCACCAUCCUCGCAUUCACCGGCCGCCGAGUUCCACCCACAGUGACUCAGAAACCCCUUCACACUUUUGAUCGGGGGUCCAAGUCGUGAUCAAGUGCCUAGAGACUGCUCUCCCCUAUUAAUUUGCCCAUAUAUACAUGGUCACACCCCUCUGAGUCCUCUCAAGUUCUCAAGUAGGUUGAAGCUUAAUCGUGUGGUCUGUUGAAUCCACAAGUGACAAACGACGUCGCCUGCGACCUUCUACAGUUGAGAACAUGACAGAAGUGAUGCGUUCUGUUUAUAAACGUGGGAGGCGUUUUAAGAAAGUGGAAAAUGAAGACAUAAUUAGCAACUUACCAAGCAGUCUCAUCAGCCAUAUCCUCUCUUUCCUUCCGAUAAAGGAUGCAGUGGCAACCGGUGUCUUAUCAACCAGAUGGAAGUAUCUCUGGACCGCAGUCACUAACAUGGACUUCGAUGAUGGGUUGCUAGUCGAACCUAUAAAUCCUCGGAAGCGUACCAAACGAAAACUUCGUUCAGUCGAAAUGAGCUUCAUAAACUUUGUGAACCGAGUUUUCAUAUGCCAUACAUCAUUUUUGCAUACAUUCCGCCUCAGAUGUACUCAGAAUUAUGGUGUUUCAAUUCUGAAUUUUUUGGUUUCUACUGCACUAGCACGCAAUUUGCGUGAACUUCAUCUUUUCUUUCAAAUCGAAGACUACAGUGGGCUGGCUCAUGAGGUUUUUACUUGUACAAGUCUUGAGGUACUUGAACUGGUUGGUAGAUUUGUUCUCAAUGUCCCUACUUUGGUUUGUCUGCAGAAUGUCAAAAUCCUCCUUAUUGAAGAACUUGAAUUUUUGGAUGAUGUCUCAAUUAAUAGACUCUUUUCUGGCUGCCCUCUGCUUGAAGAGUUGUCCAUAAAAACAUGCUAUUUCAAAAAUAUUAGUAUGUUUCACAUUUCUGCUCCUGCUCUCAAGAGUUUAGUUAUAAGUUGCUGGUCUAAGGUUGGCUACAAGCUUGUACUUGAUACGCCAAAUCUUCAAGAUCUUCAAUAUCAUGACCAUGUAACAAAAGGCUAUUCAAUGAACAAAUUAAAUGCCCUUGUCAAUGCCGACAUUGGGUUUGUGCUGAGAGGCCACCCUGACCAUGAUGGUUCUGCGGAAGAACAUGUAGAAGAAUUGUUUGAAGGAAUAUCUAAAGUUCAGUGGCUUCGUUUAUCUGAUGAUUCAAUGAAGUUGUGCAGGUCUCUGCUGCCAAAGUUCGAUCAUUUGACUUGUUUGGAGAUUAGUUGCAAGAAUGUUAGAUGGAAAUCGCUGCUGGAUUUUCUUGAAAGCUCGCCACAACUGGAACAGCUUAAGCUUGUUUUUGGGGGAGCACUAUUGCAAGAUAGAUUUGAGGAAAACCAGACAACAUGCAGUUGGUAUCAACCUAAGAACGUGCCUUCUUGUCUGCUGUGUCACUUAAAGGAGAUUAAAAUUAUGCGGUUUGAAGGGAAAAGUGAUGAGCUGAAAAUGGCAGAGUAUUUCUUGAAGAAUUCUAAAGUUUUAGAGAAAUUGAUGAUUCGUCCUUGUAUUAAUAAAAGGUCGUCUAAGAUUAAUAGAAGGACGUCUGAGAUUAACAUGGUACGGAUGUUACCAAGGGGCUCUGAGAAAUGUCGAGUUGUGACUUUUUAAUAUUUUCUUUUGAGCUCUGUGUUCUAUGGUUGGGGGAAUAGCGUCUCUUUUUGUUUCCCUUUUUGCUUCUGCUUUUAACCGGUAAAAACAGACAACUAGUUGCUUCUGCUUAAUUUAUUAGCAGAAAUUUAAGCUGUUUUCUUUCCAAGCCACUCCUUUGUAUGGGCUGGAGUUUCAGCCUUCAAUGUCCACCUCCUGUUAUGCUAAUGCUACUUUAAUAUGAAAGCUUACCCUUUAUAUUUUAUUUUCA